CUCGAGGUCCUCAAGCGCGAGUUCAAGGAGGAGGUCGACUGGUGGGACAUCUCGAUGGUCGCCGAGUACAGCGACGAGAUCUUCAAGUACAUGAGCGAGCUCGAGGAGUCGUCGAUGCCGAAUCCUCGCUACAUGGACCACCAGACCGAGAUCGAGUGGUCGAUGCGGACGACGCUCAUCGACUGGCUCCUCCAGGUCCACCUGCGGUACCACAUGCUGCCCGAGACGCUGUGGAUCGCCAUCAACGUCAUCGACCGCUUCCUGUCGAACCGGGUCGUGUCGCUCAUCAAGUUCCAGCUCGUCGGCGUCACGGCCAUGUUCGUCGCCGCCAAGUACGAGGAGAUCAUGGCGCCGUCGGUCGAGGAGUUUGUCUUCAUGACCGAGGGCGGCUACUCGCGCGAGGAGAUCCUCAAGGGCGAGCGCAUCAUCCUCCAGAGCCUCGAGUUCAACAUCUCGUCGUACUGCACGCCCUACUCGUGGGUCCGCCGCAUCUCCAAGGCCGACGACUACGACAUCCAGACGCGCACCCUGUCCAAGUUCCUCAUGGAGGUGACGCUCCUCGACCACCGCUUCCUGCGCGCCAAGCCGUCCAUGAUUGCCGCCGUCGGCAUGUACCUCUCGCGCCGCAUGCUCGGAGGUGACUGGGCGCGUCCCUCUCUCUCUCUUUCUCCCCUCAACGAGGCGUUCGUCUUCUACUCGCAGUACACCGAGGUGCAGCUGCUCGUCCCGGCCGGCUUCCUGCUCGAGAACCUGUCGCAGCCUGGGUUCGAGGAGCGCUUCGUGUUCAAGAAGUACUCGGCCAAGAAGUUCCUCAAGGCGUCCAUCUUUGCGCGCAACUGGGCCCGC